GUUGUUAAGCCCCUUCGUACCGUGUGAAAUUAGAUGACCGAGAUGGUGCAACAGUUUUGAUAUUUCAACAGUGCGCGCGCAGUUACAGCUUCAGUACCCUUGGAAGUCCUGCACGGCCACUGCAGCCGCCAUUAAGAUAACUUUGUGUCCGCUCGUUAGUGAUAUAUUUGUUCUUCUCAACAUCCAUAGUUAAAUUUCGGGAUGCCACUGAUCAGACAUGACUGUCAGCAGCUUCUUUCUGCUCCUCCUCCGGGCUGGAUGGCUUCUUUAGUAGCAGCAGGUUGCGCAGCCGGAGCCGUCGUCUGGCUGAAGAGGUAUCUCAAUUCCCGCAAAGUGGACAAGAAAGUAGCAGAGGCGAAAUCGUCCAGAGACGAGACACUACGCCAAACCCAGCAUGCCGUGUCUUGUUUCACACAACAGCAUUCUGAGAUUGAUAGGCAAUCCAUUUUAUCACUACCAAUUACAGAACUGAGCGGAAAGUUGAAAAAUGGUCAUCUUUCGGCGGAGGCAGUACUUUACUCAUACUUGGAAAAGGCUCUGGAGUUGCAGAAUGAAGUGAACUGUGUAACAUCCUUCCUGCCUGAAUGUCAGGAUCAACUGCAAGACCUUGAGAAAUACAAAGAUGGGAUUCUUUUUGGCAUACCUGUCAGCAUAAAGGAAAAUGUCAAUUUUAAGGGUCGAGACUCUUCAUGUGGCUUGUGUAAUAAAUUAGGCUGUCCAGCAGCAGAGGACAGCGUGAUUGUUCAGGUGCUGAAGAAGCAGGGUGCAGUUCCUUUUGUCAAAACCAACGUACCUCAGAGCAUGAUGAACUAUGAGUGCAGUAACCAGAUUUAUGGACAGACAUUGAACCCCCAUAACCAACGUAAAACUCCAGGAGGCUCAUCUGGUGGAGAAGGAGCUUUGAUAGCUGGAAGAGGUUCCAUUUUGGGCAUUGGGUCUGACAUAGCAGGAAGCAUUCGUAUUCCUGCCUCAUUUUGUGGGAUCUGUGGACUGAAGACAACAUCAAGACGAAUCAGUGGCAUUGGUGUUACUUCCAGUGUUCCUGGAGCGCAAACAGUGCUUAUAUCAUCUGGUCCAAUGGCCAGAGAUGUGGACGGCCUUGCUCUUUCAAUGAAAGCGUUGUUGUCAGAACACAUGUUUUAUCUUGACCCGACUGUGCCACCAUUAUAUUUCAAUGACCAGAUAUACACCAGUCGUAAAGCACUUCGAAUUGGAUACUAUGAGGUGGACAAUUUUACAAAGCCCUCCCCUAGUAUGCAGCGCUGUUUCUGGGAAGUGAAAGAGCUUCUUGAGAAGUCAGGACACACAUUAGUUCCAUUCACUCCUCCUGAAGUUGAGUAUGCUAUUCUACAGUUGACUGUCAGAGCACUCUUGGCGGAUGGAGGGUCUACCUUGCUUAACAACUUCAAAGAAGGUAAACUUGAUCCCAAUCUGAGACCCCAAACAUUUAUGUAUAAACUUCCUCCACUGAUAAAGAAGAUUAUUUCUUUUCUUCUAAAACCUUUGUAUCCUCGGAUUUCUAAAGCAUAUGGAGCUAUUGUUGGGCUUAGUUCUGUCAAAGAUCUUUGGAAACUACAUGUGGCUUUAGAUGAAUACCGUGAGAGAUUCAUUGCUGAAUGGAGAAGACUGCAACUGGAUGUGGUUUUGUGUCCAAUGCUGGGACCUGCCUAUAAUUUGGGCUUUGCUGGACAUCUGACAACUGCAGUUUCCUACACUGCUCUUUACAACCUACUGGACUUUCCAGCUGGAGUUGUGCCAGUAGGAAGAGUAACUGAAAAAGAUGAAAUGGAACUGAAGAACUACAAAGGAUUUUAUGAGGAUAUCUGGGACAAGCUGUUCAAGAAGGCUGUGGAAGACGGCUUGGGCCUUCCUGUAUCUGUUCAGUGUGUGGCUCUCCCUUGGCAAGAAGAAUUGUGUCUUCGCUUCAUGAAGGAAGUGGAGACACUUGUGAAGGAGACUUAGUGGUGGUAAUAAUCACACUGGAUACCUGAUGAGGCUUAGUUAAAUGCAGAAUGAAUAAAGUUAAGAAUAAAGUAAACCUCAGCUCUUCAGCCAGGCUUGAUGCAUUGAGAAUUAUUACUUUAUUCAUGUAAUAAUUUGUAAUAGUAGCAGUGAUGGGAGCCACUCAACAUAAGAGAAGGGUAACACUAAACCAAAGGAUAAAUUGAUUUUAUUUCCCCUUGCGAUGAACCUGAGUAAACAUUGUAACACUAGCUGUAUAUUAUGGAAAAUUUUCCAACAGCUAGAGACAUGUAGAUUACUAAAUGUGUAUUUCUCCCUCCAGCAUUUACUUGACUUGUUAAGGGCUGUCAGUGUCAACAGGGUGGGGUCCAUCUUUGCAUUUUAAGGCCGCUGGCAUUGAUUCUUGUGCUCUGCAGUCCAGAACUAGAAUAAACAAUCCUGAAAAUAAUAAAAGUAGGUUGUGUGUGACCCACAAGGUCCAAGGUAUCAUAUGAGAGGCCACUUAUACAAUCAGUACACAUGUAGAGCAGAUACACAGUGUGAAAAAACAAGAAUACAUGCCAGGAGCAGGCAGUUUAGAUUUGUUACAGAGAACUGUAAACUUUUACAACAUAGUCUUAAUCCUUUUUUUGCUAAUUCUCAACAACCUUGUGAGAUAAUCAGCCCAAGUUCUGUCAGGAUUGCAAGUACGAAGGCACUACUGCAAAUCCUGCAGCUGUCAGAAGCGCUGUGCUUGUAACAAGAGGCUUCACCCCAUGUGAUUUUUGGCUUAGUGCUCUUAAAAAAUGACAAGUCAAUUGGACUAAAAGAGAGAAAAUCCCCUUGAGAAGUGGCAGUUGCAUCUUAUUAAGAGAUUUUCUUCAAGGCUUUGGGUUUUCAUUGUUUUGUUUUGAUUUCCUCUGCAAGCAACAGCGUAGAUUGUGCUUUGCUUUUCGUAUAAACCAUUAUUAAAUAUUUGACUUGGUGGGUAUGAAGGAUAUUUCAUCACUAGUUUGUACAAUGAAAUUGUGCUAAUAUCUUAAACUUUGAUUUGUAAUUGCUUAUUUUUCCUUUUUUUGGAUAAAAAAAUGCAUCAUCAGUUGAACCUGUCCUGUGGUGAAGGCUCAACAGAGAUUUUUUUAAGGUAUUAAAAGACAUAUUUUAUUCAGAAAAAGAAUAAUUAGGAAACUAAAAAAAUAAAUAUUCAUAAAAAAAAAUAUUGCUUUACAAAGUUUUUAGUAAAAAUGGCAUUUGCAGUAAUUUUUGUAUUUGCUUUUUUAAGUUGCUUAAAUGAAGGGUUUUUGGGGUUUUUUUUGUCUCGAUUUUAUAUAAAUAUAAAAUGAUUUUCCUACUACAUGAAUUUUGUGGUUUUCAAAACUACCAUUCUUUUUGUUUCUUUUAAUAAAAGUUCUGACUUAU